UAACGCGAAUUGAAGAUGCCUCCGAAGCAACAACCAAAGGCUGAUUUGGCGAAGAAGCAGAAACAAGUGGAAGACAAAACAUUCGGGUUGAAAAAUAAGAACAAGAGCAAGAACGUUCAGAAGUAUGUUCAGAGUCUCAAGCAAUCUGUCCAGCCUAAACCCGAUGCUUCUAAAGCUGCAGCUAAGAAAAAGAAAGAUGAAGAGAAAGCGAGAGAACAGGAAUUGAAUGAGUUGUUCAAGGUAGCUAUUAGUCAGCCCAAAGUUCCUGUAGGUGUGGAUCCGAAGUCUAUACUUUGUGAGUUUUUCAAGGCCGGGCAGUGUCAAAAGGGUUUCAAGUGCAAAUUCUCUCAUGAUCUGAACAUUCAAAGGAAGGGUGAGAAGAUUGAUAUUUACAGCGAUAAGCGAGAUGAAGAUGGAGAUAUGGAUGAGUGGGAUCAAGAGACCCUUGAAAAGGUUGUCGAAUCAAAGAAAAAUGAAUAUAAUCAGAAUAAGCCAACAGAUAUCGUUUGCAAGUAUUUUCUGGAUGCUGUGGAAAAGAAACAGUAUGGGUGGUUCUGGUCAUGCCCCAAUGGUGGCAAAGAGUGUCAUUACAGACACGCACUUCCUCCUGGAUAUGUCCUGAAAUCUCAAAUGAAAGCACUCUUGGAAGAGGAGUCAUCAAAGAAGAUGGCAGUUGAGGACGAAAUCGAAAACGAGGUUUGAUACUCUUCUGGUUUCCCU